AUGGCGGCAGAUGUGAUUGCGCCUUCUUUAACAGAGAUAUUUACUAAAUCUAUUCAUACUGGAAUAUUUCCAGAUGAAUGGAAGGAAGCAAGGGUGUCGCCAGUGUAUAAGAACGGUGCAAAGCAUGAUCCGAGCAAUUAUAGGCCUAUAUCUGUGAUUCCAACGGUUUCAAAAAUUUUUGAGAAAAUUAUCUUUGACCAACUUAAUAAAUAUUUUAACGACAACAAUCUGUUGACCACCUGUCAAUCUGGAUUUCGGUCAUUGCAUAGUACAGUAACAGCGUUGCUGGAGGCUACAAAUAGCUGGUCUGUUAAUAUAGAUAAUGGUCUAAUUAAUGGGGUUGUUUUCAUUGAUCUGAAAAAAGCCGUCGAUAUUAUUGAUCAUCAGAUAAUUUUACAGAAAUUAGAACAUUAUGGUAUCGACCAUAAUAGUUUAAAAUGGUUCGAAUCAUAUCUUACUGGCAGAACACAAAAAUGCAAAGUUAAUCAUCGGCUAUCAGGUUCGACGUCAGUAACGUGCGGAAUCCCACAAGGGAGCAAUUUGGGUCCGUUACUGUUCCUUAUCUAUAUUAACGACCUGCCAAAUUGCCUCCACCACGCCACUCCUAGAAUGUUUGCAGACGAUACGAAUGUAAGCUUUGGAGCUGAUUCUCUGGAAGAGCUCCAAAGUGUCAUUAAUUCUGAAUUAGAACGUCUUAAAAACUGGCUUAUUACAAAUAAGCUCAGUUUAAAUAUUGCACAAACAGAGUUUAUGACAAUUGGAUCCCGACAGAGAAUCAAUGCUACUCAAGGUAGUAUAACCAUUAAGCUUGAUGGUAGUGAAAUCAACAAAGUCGAUAUUGUUAAAUCCUUAGGAGUACAUAUUGACAAACACCUUUCUUGGUCAACCCAUAUAGAAAAAAUAACUAAAAAAAUUGCUUCAGCCAUUGGUGCAUUAAAACGUAUUAGACCAUUUGUAAAUACGAGAACAGCUGUUCAG